GCAACCAUCACCUUCAUCCUUGAGCUGCGUGUCUAAUGCAAUGAGGUACAACCUGUGACGGCAGCUCCAAGUAUGACAGCUGCAAAUGUAGAGAGUGGCAUCUUUCAUCUCAAUAUGCAUUUCAACCAUUGAAGGUCCUCUCAGGACUUGCUCUUAAGACUUUUUUCCAGGUGUGUUUCUUUUACUAGUGCUGGAGAGAAGGACUUGAAGCAACAAAUCCUCCUCCAGCAGCAGCACCCUGCAGUGACGAAGGCGACAAAGCACCCUUUUCAUGAACUCCACAAAUUCUAACCCCACUGUGCACUUGGAAGUCAUGGACCAGCCCAGUUCUGCCAAACAGGAACAGAACCUCUCCUGAGCACUCAAGCACCUUCUGAAUAGAAAGGACGCCUGGCCGUUGGCCCGGGACAGCUGGGCGCUAUGGCGCAUUCCCCUGGCUGCUGCCACCCCUGUGCCACCUGCCUGCUCUGCCUCUACAGCUGCCGCUGGGUCACUGCCAAGAAGAGGAAAGGCCUGAAAACCACCAAGUGUGACUGCAGCUGGUUCCUUUUCCUCUUCUGCGUCUUCCUCUUCAUGCUGGUGUGGCUCUACUUCGCCAUCAUCAUCCUCAAUGAUUUCCACAACUUCAAUGAGUUCAUCUUCAAGCAGAAGAAGUUGUGGCUGGACUGGUCCCUGGUCCUGCUCAUAGCUACAGCCGUGCUGAUCACCUACUCGACUGCGCUGCUGGUCCUCGCUUUGUGCUUGCAGCUCUGCGGCCAGCCCUUGAAGCUGCACUGGCUGCACAAGGCCCUGCUGAUCGUAUCGGCCCUGGUGGUGGCUGCAGCCUUCACAGGGCUGGGAAUAAAGUGGGCGGAGGAGUGGAGAAGCGCACGUAUCUCCCUGCAGGCAACAGGUCCCUUCCUGCACAUUGGAAUCGUGGGGGGAAUGACGCUCCUUGCCUGGCCCCUGGCCAGCUUCAUCUACCGCACCCACAACAGAGGUGUCAAGGUGUUUCUGCUGCUUGUGUACUGUGCGGUGAUGAUCGCACUGUAUCUGGCUCCCCUGGGAAUCACCUCCCCUUGCAUCAUGGAGGAGAACCAGCUGCCCCCCAAGCCGGCCCUGGUUGGCCACCGAGGAGCUCCCAUGCUGGCCCCCGAGAACACCCUCAUGUCACUGCACAAGGCGGUGGACUGUGAUGUGCAGGUCUUUGAGACAGACGUCAUGGUGAGUGCUGACGGGGUCCCGUUCCUCAUGCACGACGAGGAGCUCACCAGGACCACCAAUGUGCAGGCUGUGUUCCCCGAGAGGGCUGCCCUGAACAGCACCGCCUUCAACUGGACAGACCUCCAGCAGCUGGAUGCUGGCACCUGGUUCCUGGAGCGGAGGCCUUUUCCCACUGUGCAGAGUCUGUCCGAUGCCGAUCGCCAGGAGGUGACUCGACAGAGGAUCCCGUCCCUGGAACAGGCGCUGGAGGCAGCCAAACACAGUAACAUCUCCAUCAUGUUUGACCUCCGGCCUGAGAACCACAGUGACUACCAGAGCUUUGUCAAUGCCACCCUGGAAGUGAUCUUACAGUCAGGCAUCCCACUACAGCAGGUGCUCUGGCUGCCGGAUGGUUUCAGGGAGCAGGUCAAAGAACGAGCCCCCGGCCUUCUGCAAGUCUACGGCAGGAAGAGACUGCAGAAUGAGAAGGAGCCGCUGCUGCGUGUCAACCUGCCCUACCAGGACAUGAGCUCUGAGGAGAUCAGGCAGUACCGCCAGGACAACGUCUCUGUCAACCUGUACGUGGUGAACCAGCCCUGGCUCUUCUCCGUGCUGUGGUGCUCCGGGGUGAGCUCGGUCACCACCAACGCCUGCCAGGUGCUGAAGGAGAUGAAACACCCCAUCUGGCUGCUCCCCAGGAGCACGUACUUCAUGAUCUGGAUUGUUGUAGACUGCACUUCUCUUCUCGCCAUCCUCUGGGCCUUCCUCUUGCUGAAGAAAUGCUCCCAGAGAAGACAGGCAGCGGAGUCCGAGACGGACGUGCUGCUCACAAAGAUCAACAGCUUGAUGCAGGAGUGACCCCUCGGGCCUGCAUCAGCCAGGGGAGGGGCGGCCAGAGCCCUGCACAGCUCAAGGGGGGAGCUUCAAGGGGCCACCUUCAAGGCUCCUUUCCUUUGCAGACUCUCUCCUGAGCUUCCCCUCUCCCCGUAGCCUUCCUGCCUCCUCCCGUGGUGCACAACUGCCCUCCGCUGAGAUGAUGGGGAACUGGGUUCCCAGUUGUCACCCACAGUGAGGAACUGGAGACUUUGCAGGGGUUUUCCUGGGGGCUGGCAGGUGCCCAGGGCCUGAGUGCUAACCCAGGGGGGCUGGGGCCUCUGCCCUGGGGUUUGGACACGGGGGAGCCGGGGUGGGGGGAUUUGAGUUGCUGUUUGGUGCAGGGAAACCUUCUUCAAAGUGCUGCUGCCCUGCUCUGAGGAAGAGGAAGGGGGGCAAGGGGGGAGCUGGCUUUUCACAACAUAAAGGGGGGAGCUGAGCUCUUCCCGCCCCCACGGUGGGCACAGGUCCUGCCCCUGCUGCUGGCUUCGUGCU